CGAGCAACCCGCGCGUUAGUCAGCGCCGUUCGCGUCUACCGUCGCAGCGCCGUUGCUAGCGCCGCGCUCGACCUGGAACUGGGCAUCGCAAAUCGCGUCUGCCCAUGUCUCGCCGCAGAGCCGCUGCGCCCACAGCAUGACGCCGGGCCCCGACCACGACCCAUGGCGGACCUGCUUCACGUGCUCCCCGACUUCGACACGUCCAAGUUCCAGCACCUGCUGCCCUCGCUCGACAAGGCCCUGGUCUCGACAACCGACCUCGUCACCCUCGCGCCCGCCCAUGUAGCAAAGCGCGCCCAGGUCCCCGCCGGCGAGCUGCGCAAGCUGGUCGACGCCCUGGUGCCUGCCCUGCACCGGCACCUCGGAUUCGGCGCAGAGGAACCGCGCAGCACCGCCUUUCUGGCUGCUUCUGGCCAUGCAUCCGCUGCCCUCGCUAUAAGCACCCUGGACGACGAGCUCGACCAAGCCCUGCUAGGCGGCAUCCGUCCUGGAUACCUCGUCGAGGUCACUGGCGAAAGUGGUGCCGGCAAAACGCAGUUGCUCCUUACGCUCUUGCUUGCAGCCCAGCUCCCUGCGCCCCGCGGCCUUCGCUGGCCAAUCAGCGCUCCCACUCAAUCCCAGCUUCGCAGGAAGACCGAAUCGUGCUGUCGCCGGAUCCCUUGGCGCUCGACCAUCAGCAAUGCUGGUUCACAGGCUGGGGCGAUAUCCGCGCGGACCCGUCGCAUACACUGAAGACGCCGUCGCUCGGCAUCAUCUGGACGAACCAGAUCGCCUGUCGCAUUGCCCUGAACAAGCGGCCUGUUAUAUCGAGCCGACCGUGGGUCAUCUCACGCGAUCCUCAGGACAUUGGAAAUGAGGACGAUACCCACAUCUCCAGGUGGCGCCGAUGGUUCAAGGUUGUCUUUGCGCCUUGGGCUCCGCCUUCCGAGGGUCGAGGUGUGGAGUAUGAGGUAGCGAGCAGUGGGA